AUGCUGCGUUUUGCACAAGAAAUAAAUAACACAAUUGAUGCCCCGAUAGAAGAAAUAAAUGUCACUAUAGCGACACCUUAUUCAGAAGUAUUUGAAGAAACAUAUGUAGAUUCAACAUUAGAUUUUAUAGUGCUCGGUGAUUGGGGAUAUAAAGCAAAUGGUACUGGACGAAAACAUGGGGAUCAAGUUCAUGUUGCCUUUGCUAUGGACAGUUGGGCAAAAAAAUAUAAUACUAAUUUUAUUGUUAAUGUUGGUGAUAGUUUUUAUAAAAAUGGUAAGAAGGAUCAUCAGGGUGUGAAAAGUGUUAAUGAUUCAAAAUGGAAAACGAAUUGGUUGGAUGUAUACAAGGGCAAAUUAUCAGAUAUACCUUGGUACAGUCACACCCAUGUUUUAGAAUAUCAAUAUCCAAAGCCAUCAUCACCUAUCGCAAUAUUUACCUCUGGAGCAGGAAGCAGAUCGAGUGGUGGUUGUGAAGGCAAAGAUUGGGGAAUGCCUGAAGGAACCCUAGGAUUUUUACAUGCUAAAAUUGAGAGUAAUAGUGAUAAAAUGUCAUUUGAAUUUGUGGAUGCAACUACUUAUAAAGCUAAAAUUGUUUAUCAAGGAUAUAUCAAUUCUACUUCAAUUUGGUAUCCUAAGAAAGACAAAUAA